GAGCCCGGCGGCGUUUCUCCUCCUGCCGCUGCAGGGCAGUUGCUGCGCUGUGCCCGUGCCCAGGAGGCGCCCGCCUCAGGGGAGGCACCGGCCGGCCAGGCAUGUCUGCGCCGAGGGGCUCCCCGCUCGCCAGAGACCUCGACGGAGCGGGAAGGACAGGCAGCCUCAAGCGCGCGAGUCUCCCAAAAUCACAGCUAGCACGAUGCUACUCUGUUGCGAUACCCCAUCAUGCAUCAUGCCUUGAUGUCAGAGUUACCAGGCAACCUGGGUGGAGUGCAGAGUUCCCUUAUGGAAAGUUAGACCAGAAAAGCAAUUUGCAUGCAACCUCGUUAGACGAUGCAGAAUACCUGUGGCCUAAGGAACUUGUUGCUUCUGGAAACAGCCAGGCUUCUGCAAAGGCAGGCCGCAACAUUCCUCGGAGACACACCGUAGGAGGCCCUCGAAGUUCCAGAGAAAUUCUGGGAAUGCAGGCGUCAGAUAUGGACAAGAAGAGAGAAGCUUUUCUAGAGCAUCUGAAGCAGAAAUAUCCCCACCAUGCCACUGCAAUCAUGGGGCACCAAGAAAGACUGAGAGAUCAGGCUUUGCAGUGCAUGUUGGUCUCCCUCCAUUCAGAACUUGACAUUCAAAGGUACUUGAUGAAAAUUGAAUCCUCUCAGAGAACAAGGAGCCCAAAGCUAUCUCAAAGCCCACAGCCCAAUUUGGGAGAUCAGGCCGAAUUAUCAGAGGCAUCUGCUGACUCCCUGGAAAUCAUGUCUGAAGGAGAAUCUCCUUCUCCUUUCUCAAGAGGAAGCCGUACACGAGCAAGUCUUCCAGUGGUGAGGUCAACCAACCAGACAAAGGAAAGAUCACUUGGUGUUUUGUACCUUCAAUACGGAGAUGAAACUAAACAGCUAAGGAUGCCCAAUGAGAUCACGAGCACAGAUACGAUCCGUGCCCUUUUUGUAAGUGCCUUCCCCCAGCAGCUGACGAUGAAAAUGCUGGAGUCCCCCAGUGUGGCAAUAUACAUCAAGGAUGAGAGCAGGAAUAUCUAUUAUGAAUUAAGUGAUGUAAGGAACAUUCAAGACAGAUCUUUCCUUAAAGUUUACAACAAGGAUCCUGCGCAUGCUUUCAAUCACAUGCCCAGAGCUGUAAAUGGAGAUAUAAGGAUGCAGAGAGAAAUCUUCCCGAAUUCUUCUCGGCCAGGAUCCACUGCGCACCCCCCUCAUGCACUGCCAGUCUCUCCACCGGCUACACCAGUGCCCCACUCCAUGCCUCCUUCCCCAUCCAGGAUCCCCUAUGGCACUGCCAGGCCAGUCGGCGGCCCUGGCAAUGCCACCAUUCCCAGGGACAGGAUCUCAAACAUGCCAGCCUCGAGAUCCAUCUCGCCGAGCCCCAGUGCCAUUUUGGAAAGAAGGGAUGUGAAGCCCGAUGAGGACAUGGGUAGCAAAACACUUACUCUUUUUCGGAACGAGGGGCUGUACGCCGACCCUUACUUAUACCACGAGGGCAGGAUGAGCAUCGCGGGUUCACAUGCUGGGCAUCCUCUUGACGUUCCUGACCACAUCAUUGCUUACCACCGUAGCACCAUGAGGUCUUCAAGCACUUACUGUAACCCUCCUAUGCAGCCUGAGAUCAUGGAGCAGUCGCUGUACCGGCAAAAAUCAAGGAAAUACCCCGACAGCCACUUGCCGACCCUGGGAUCCAAAACUCCUCCGGCCUCCCCUCACAGAGUAGCUGAUGUUCGGAUGGUAGACAUUCACGCCCAUCACAACUCCCAAGUGUCUCCUCACACCAUUCACCUUGAGAGGUCGUCUCCAGGUCGCCAGUCCCUUAAGAAAGACCCAGGGACACCUGUGUUCGUAGAAGCCAAACCACGAAAUGUCAUGGGCUUACCCGGCAUGGCUGAGGUAGUCCCAUCAGUACCUGACAAGAAAGCUUUUGGCUAUGGAUCAGCAGUGAUACCCAAAGAGAAUGAGACCAGAGAGAGGAUGCAAGCAAUGGAGAAACAGAUUGCCAGUUUAACUGGUCUUGUUCAGUCUGCGCUUUUAAAAGGGCCAAAUACAAGUAAUAGCAAAGAGGCUUCUAGUGAGAAGAUGGUGAAAACUGUGACUAGUAAAAGCAGUGCUGAGAAGCCAGGAUCUGCUCAUGUCUCCAGUGGGAAGAACUCGUUACUAGCUAUCGAAGCUGCCCCUGCCAGCAUCAUGCCUGUCGGCUCCACAGCCAUGCAAGUCAGCCUCUUUGACAUGAAACGCAACGUGUCAGAUCUCCGUCUCCAGCUGCACCAGAUGCGGCAACUACAGCUGCACAACCAGGAGGCGCUACGGGCCAUGGUGAAGAAAGCGGAGCUGGAAAUCAACGGCAAGGUGAUGGAAAGAGCGAAGAGGCUGGAAGAUCCCGUGCAGCGACAGCGCCACCUGGUGGAGCAAGAAAGGCAGAAAUACCUACACGAAGAGGAGAAAAUUGUGAAGAGCUUAUGUGAGCUGGAAAGUUUUGUUGAAGAUCUGAAGAAGGAAUCUCUUACAGCCAAUAGGAUUGUUACACUGAAAGACGUUGAAGAUGGGGCUUUUCUUCUACGGCAGGUUGGAGAGGCUGUCGCUACCCUCAAAGGUGAAUUUCCAACACUGCAGAAUAAAAUGCGGGCCAUUCUCCGCAUCGAGGUGGAAGCUGUGAGAUUUUUAAAGGAGGAACCUCAUAAACUUGACAUCCUAUUGAAGAGAGUUCGCAGCAUGACUGAUAUCCUCACCACCCUCCGGAGGCAUGUUACCGAUGGUCUGCUGAAAGGUGUGGAUCCCUCACAGGCCGCCCAGUACAAUGCCAUGGAGAAAGCGACGGCGGCAGAAGUUCUGAAAAAACAGGAUGACGCUGCAAAGAGCCCCGCUUCCCCAAAGCAAAAGGUUGGCGACCCCUCAGCGGAACUGUCUGUCAGGUCAGAGGUGAUCCCUGUCUCGAGCAUGACAGUCCACCAUGCACAAAGUUCCCCAGUGGUCAUGCAUCAGUCUCAGCAUUCAACAACACUGGUCAGCAAUGCCCCAAAUUCUCCCGUGGCAAUCAGCCCCUCGGCAGGUUCAUCUGCAUCAUGCCACCUGAUGCCUGCCAUGCCAGAGUCUGCUGCAGCAGCAACCGCAGCCACAGCAGCAGUGACAGCGACCACCCAGCAAAUGCAGGCACCUCAGUCGCCCCAAGUUAAUGGCUCCACCAUGCAAAGCCUUUUUAUCGAGGAACUUCACAGUGCAAGUACCAGGAACAGAGCUCUGUCAAUUGAGAAAGCAGAGAAGAAAUGGGAAGAGAAAAGGCAGAACCUCGAUCACUACAACGGAAAAGAAUUUGAAAAACUCCUCGAAGAAGCACAAGCAAAUAUCAUGAAAUCUAUCCCAAACCUUGAGAUGCCUCCACAAGCCACAGGCUCGCCGAAAGCUGACACAGCAGAAAAAAUAGAAGUCUCUGAAGAGGCUCCUAACCCAGAGCAGGAGACCGAAAAGCCAGUGAAGUCUCCACCUCCUCCGCCUCCACGUCGCAGUUAUCUGAUAGGAUCUGGACUAAGCACAAGACUGGGAGAAGUCAGUUACGUGGCCAGGAAAGACAGCACUUUGGUCAAGGAAAGCAGUGAAGAUGCUGCUCAAGGAGCACAGCCAAGAGUCCCUAAGGAAGACCAUGCCUCUCAUCAACCCCUGGCUACAGGCACAAUUCCACCUGCAAAGGACGACGAGGAGGAGGAGGACGGAGACAGAAUAAUGGCAGAAUUACAGGCUUUCCAGAAGUGCUCUUACAUGGAUGUAAACUCAAACAGCCAUGUUGAACAGUCCAGAAAUGACACUCACACAAAAGAUGCAAGGCCUGUGGCCUUAAUACAUCCCAAGGAGAAGAAGGUGUAUGGGGAGGCAACAAAAGAUAGUGACCAUCCCAAGCACCAGACAGAAGAGAUGGUCUCGGAUGCUCCCAGCAUUGCUGAAAACUCUGCCUUCAGCAAAGAUUUGCUUUUGGAGAAUAAGGAAUAUGCACAAACAAAUUCUCUUAAGCUGAAAACAAACUUCUCCAUUGUGUUAGACAAUGAAAGGAAGAUGGGGCCUGAAGAAGCACAAUGUCCCGCAGUUGAAACUGGAAGACAAAGGUCAACCAAUGCUGCACUGAGAGAGACUGGUCAUAGUUCGCCCCCGAAUGAACCUCUCGGUAGCGCAGGGGCACCUCCUGUCAGUCAAACAGACUCAUACACUCAGGAGGCGUCUCCUAAGUCUCCAGAGGAACAAGACAUGUCUGCUGGGGCCUAUAAUCAAGUUGUGCUGAGGCAUAAGGCACCCAGAAAUGUUACCUUAAGUAGUAUGGAUGAGGUAGAGUCGCCAACUAGCUCUCCAAGUGAUGAAAGCCCACCAUCGGAGAACAUUGCUUUCAUGAUUACCAAAACAGCAGUCCAGUUUCUGUCCAGUGGAGAGGUCCACGAUAUAGUCAACAGGCAAGGAGAAGAUGUGCAGACUGUUAACAUUGAUUCCAGAAAGGAAGCAACAUCCCGAGGGACGCUAGAGAACCGCGAAAAUGAAGAGCCUGUGGUCUGCUUGGACAAAAAACCGGUAAUCAUUAUUUUUGAUGAGCCAAUGGACAUCCGAUCAGCUUAUAAAAGACUUUCAACGAUAUUUGAGGAAUGCGAUGAAGAGCUGGAAAAAAUGAUGACAGAAGAGAAGAUAGAGGAGGAGGAGGAGGAGGAGGAAGACCAAGAACCUGAGACACCUGGUGCCUGUAACAUAGGAGUUACCAGUGCAGACAGUAAUAGGAGUCAUGGGGCUGAUGACGCAACAAGUGGCAGAUUUGAGCAGGACUUCGGACAACGCUAUCUGCCUAAUUCAGCAACUCAAGCCAAACUCCAUGAAGGGCAGGAAACAGACGAGAUGGAUCUCAGGAAAUCUCCUUACAUUUAUGCGCCACAUCCAGAAUCAAAGCUGGACGCUCCCGAUACGAAGAAGAAAUUCAAGUUUAAAUUUCCUAAAAAGCAGCUGGCGGCUCUUACGCAGGCAAUCCGCACGGGGACUAAAACCGGCAAGAAAACUUUGCAAGUGGUUGUGUAUGAGGAGGAGGAGGAAGACGGCACUGUGAAACAGCACAAAGAGGCAAAAAGGUUUGAAAUCCCGAGCAGUCGGCCUGAUGACGCUUCAGGGAAGGAGGAGGCAAACCUAACUGUACAGACUUCUAGGACUGAAGAAAUUAGAAAAAAUACGUACAGGACUCUGGACAGUCUGGAGCAAACUAUUAAGCAACUGGAGAGCACUAUUAGUGAGAUGAGCCCAAAAUCAGUUUCUGAAGCUCCAGCCAGAUUGGAGGGAACUUCUGUCCCGGGCUUUUUCUCACCAAAAGAAUCCCUAGCGCUGGAAGAAACUAUUGCUGAUGUUGAACCCCCUUCCUCAAUACCGCCAACUUCACGUAAGGGUUCAACCAGCACUUCACAGACCAGCAGGAUGCCAAUCCCUGCAGCCGCAAAAAGUAGACAGCAAGGCAACACAGACAAAACAAGCAAACCGCACAAGCUACAGGAUCAACGCCAGUACAGACAGGCUAAUGGAAGUGCUAAGAGAGCUGGUGGGGACUGUAAGGCCACUUCCCCUAACCUGUCUGCUUCAAAAAUUCCAGCCUUUCCUUCCACCUCUGGGAAAAGUAGCUCUGUUUCUAGUGGUGAUAGCACUAACCUUCUGAGCCCCCCUACUAAAGCCUCUGCCCCUUCUUCUAACCCUCUCAGUCCUCCAACAGGUCGCCCUCCUCAUUCCGCUUCCCUAAUCCCCUCUGUCUCUAACGGCUCCUUGAAGUUCCAGAGUCCCGCUCACACAGGUAAAGGUCACCAUCCUCUUUCAUUCUCAAUACAGACUCAAAACGGCCGGCCACCCCCUCUUCCUCCAGCUCCCUUUUCCUCGUCCUCCUUCUCCUCUCCCUCCUCCUCCUCCUCUCCCCCAUCACUGAGUCAAGGUUCGAAGAGCAUCCGCUCGAUCCACACACCCAGGUUCACCAGCUACAAGUCCCAGAACGGAAGUGUCAGCAAACCUGCCCAAUCUUCCUCCGCCACCAAGGAAUCAACUUAAAAGCUCUAUACUGGCCAGUGCAAGUUACAGACAAAACCUUCUCAGUUGCUGAUGUCGACAUUGCCCACUGGUAUUGCAGCUGAGAAGCGCGUUCCAAACUUGCUGUAGAGUUUCAGGCUGAAAUGCGAAACUUGUGCUAAAUACUGGGUUAUUACAAGCAAGAGGCAAAAAGUAGUUUUGUAUGCAUUUGCUGCUGUCAAAAUGCCAGAGGGGAGGGCGAGGGUGGAGGUGGGGGCUCCCUUCAGCCAGAAACUGUUACACAAAGUACAAUGGGAGUAUGAAUGAAACUAGAAGUAUGAGUGCACAGAAAUGGAUCAAGCAUGAAAAUAAUGUGUAUUAAAGCGAGUUAUUUUGUAUAAAGCUAUUUUUAAGUACGAGAACUAAACAUCGUGUGAUAAUGCAAAAUUAUAAAAUUGAAACUAAGAUAUUUUUCUUUUCUUUUAGUGUUAUCCAAAUUUGUUACAGAUUUCUAUUUUUGUCAAAAAAAAAACAAACCCUUCAUGGUUACUUUCAGAAAUCUUUUUUGCCAAAACAUUUGAUACUAUUAUAACGUACAUUUUGAUAGUUAUGCUGAACACCUUCCUCUGCACAAACGACAAGAGUUAAGACUGAGACUGACAUGGUGGGAGGCAACUUUACCUAUUGCACUGCCAUUCAGAUUAUAUUUAAUAAUAAUUUGCGAUGCCAAGG